AUGGGCCUCGGAUCGAGUACGUCGCAGACCUCACACCCUGAGGGUGAACCCCGAUAUUGGUACCGCGACAACUUCUUCAUGACGACCGACAAGUCCCGUCUGGACGCCAAGCUGGUCAACGACGUCUUUGACUCCGACUUGAUGUGGUGGAACACGGCGCUGGAGCCGGACCAGAUGACCAAGAUGCUGGACAACUGCCUCACCCUGGCCGUGUACUGGGUUCCCGAGACGGAGGCGCACAUGAAAGAACACGGUGCCCCGCGACGGCAGCAAGGCCAGGAUAUUCAGUUUGUCGGCUUCGCCCGCCUCGUGACCGACUACGUCACCUUUGCGUACCUCACCGACGUCUUUGUCCUGGACGACUACCAGCGCCGCGGGCUGGCGUCGUGGAUGAUGCGGGCCAUUAAGGACGUGGUGGACGGCUGGCCAGAUCUGCGGGGGCUGAUGCUAAUGACGCACGACGAGGCUGCUGCGCGUAUGUACAAGUCCACACUUGGAGCCGUGCACUUUGACGAUGGCCCCUCGGCUGGGCUGACGGUGCUCGAGAUGGCUGGGCGGGCCGAGAAGCCGAUACCCAAACAACACUGA